AUGUCGGGUCAUACUGGUGGAGUUCAGGCUAAGCUUAAAGAAAUACAUCCUAAGGCUAUUUAUGUACACUGUAUGGCACACAAAUUAAACCUUGUGGUCAUUGAUAUGUGUAAACAUUUAAAGGACGCACGGAAUUUAUUUAAUGGCUUGGAAGCGUUGUAUGUUCAUUUUAGUCAACCUACGAAAAAUAAAAAAAUGACUGACAUUCAAAAAAAUCUAGGAGUUAAAAAAACAAAAAUCCCACAGUUAUCAGAUACUCGAUGGGUCUGCCUUUAUAAGAGUUGUAACUCAGUCAUCGAAAAUUUUAAACCUAUUCUUUAUAUUCCUGAUGAAGAAAUAGAAUUACAAAAAGAUAAAGAUGUUGCCCAAGCAAUAGGUCUUCUGUCUACAAUAAAAAAUGGGAAAUUUGUGGUAUAUUUGUUUGUUCUUAAUGAUGUUUUAAAAAUUAUUAAUAUUCUAAGUACUCAAUUGCAAUCAAAGUCUACAACUCUUGGAAAAUCUAGUUCAUUAGUAUGUGGUGUGAUUGAUACUCUGAAAAAUAACCGUUCAGAUGUAUAUUUUGAUAAUCUGUGGAAUUGUAUUACUAUAUUUUGUGAAGAACAUGAUGUGUCAUUGGAUAUUCCUUCACAAGGUGGCUCUAAACGUCGUAGAAGGGAACCUACAUAUUUACAACAGUAUACUGUACUAUCAAAUACUUCGGCAGAAGAAGACCAUGUUAAUGAUGUACUAAUGGGUACUUCAAUAAUUAAAAAUUAUUGGAAAAUGCAUUGUUUUUAUCCUAUACUUGAUACUAUUAUUGUCAAUAUGGAAAAACGGUUUUCACCAGAAAGUAUGGAAAUAGCCCAAUCUGUAGACAACUUUUUAAAAUUGAACUUUAAUGAAAGUUUACAAUUCAUUAAUCAUUAUAAGGAUUUAUUCGGUGUUUCCAAAGAUUCUUUAAGAUCAGAAAUGAUGGUUAUCAAAAAUGUCUUGAAAGUUAAUGUUGAUUUGGAAGUUCUGCAAAAUCACUUAAACUCAUUGAAUAGCAAACAAAUCUUUCCAAAUUAUUAUAAAUUAUUUAAUGUAGCAAUAACUUUGCCAAUCAAUUCCGCUACUUGUGAAAGGUCAUUUUCUGCAAUGAGGAGAUUGAAAACAUGGAUGCGAUCAACGAUGCUCCAAGAAAGAUUUAGCAGUUUAGGGAUAAUUAAUAUUGAAAAAGACAUCAAUAUUGAUAGCGUCUCAGUUUUAAAUGACUUUGCCAAAUCCAACAGAAAAAUAAAUUUAAUAUUGUAA